UUUGCUUCUUCACCAGAGGUAUUCGAGGUUAUUGAGGUUUGGCUACAACCAGGCGAUUGUCCGGACAAAGCCAGGCAAAAGAGAAAGGCCUAAAAUCAAGGUACGAGUUGAAAGGCACUCUCUCCAUUCUCUGGGCAUUGACGUAAAAGGGGAUUGGACUCGAAAGGCCUCUUUCGUGUCUGGAAAGGUGUGUGUGUAAGUGUCGGAGCCAUGGUUAUUGCGAUUGUGAUCUGGCAGGAAGCCAUUCCUAAUUAGUGAUCUUGAUAACCGCUGUCUCGAAUAAUCCCAACGAUAUUACCAAAUAAAUUGAGAAGAAGACGAUGCGAUAAUCAAUUGAAAGGAUUUGGCUCGUUAUUUAACUAAGAAGUGACAUGGGGAGUGGAACAAGUAAAGAAGAUGGUUCCUUCGCCAAUGACGACUUCUUGGACCAAGAUUACGAUCAAGAAUAUGAAAGACAGUUAGCGCAAAAAAGGGUCGAGACCAAAAACAGAAGUGUCCAUACCAAUGAACCCAAGAAACUUCGGAACAUAUUUGCUCAGGCGAAAUCACCGCCGAAAAUAGUCGGCUUGGAAGAUUCGGAUGAUGAAUCUCCCAACCUUCCCAAGGCCACUGGCCAGAAAGCUAAUCAAAAAGGCGACGAUCCAGAACUAAAAACAGAGCUUAAUGAGCUUGAAAAUACAUUUAACUCGCUUGGAAUCGUAGGAAAAAAACUGUGGACGGAUUCUGAUUACUCUGAAUCGACUACUCAAGAAAUGGCUUCAUCCGGUCGUUGGAACAAUAAUAAUUCGACCCCCGAUUCGGCCCAAUCAAACGAGUUCCUCACUCAAAGUUACUCUCAGCAUAGUCGGUUUCCACCUCGGACAUCGCACAGUCGGCAACGACGUCUUUCCUCCUCAUAUCAUAUGCAAUCGAACUCCCGGAAUAUCCAAAAGCCUCUCAAGUUUAGUUGGGACACCCCGAGUAACUUGCCAAAAAAUAAGGAGUCGGAAGAUUGGACAUAUAAGAAAACUGUGAUAGAAGGUUUUGAUCCGGAUCGUUUCCGCAAGGCCAAUAAAGGCUCAACCAAUGUGCCAUCAGAAAGGAAAUCCAGCUAUUCAAGUCCGGGUCCACAACGGCCGUUCCAAGGCUCAGCUGUACGUCAGACUUCCAUGGACAUUCCAGGCGUGAUCCCAACUUACGAUCGAACGGAACAGAACAUGUUGGCGUCUUUGGAACACGAGUUAGGCUUAUGAGAAAAUGUUAACCUCGAUGGUCAAGCAAAUUGCGA